AGCUGUCAGUGCCCCUCCCCCGCGGCCCCGGUCCCCGUCUCUCCGCCUGCGGCAAGACUCCGAAGACAGCACUCAGUGCUGACCUGAACCCAGUCCAUCCCUUUUCCACCCAGUUUACCCACAGGGGAAGGGGCCAGGCAGCGAAAUGGAGACGCUAUCAAUCAAUCCAGUGGGAGAGAAAAACACCUCUCAACCACAACAACAGUGGGGAAAGAACCCCAAGAAGAACCUUAAUUCAACUACGCAGCAGCGCCAAGAGCCUCUUACUGAAGUUCUCGCACUAAGAAUGAGCCCAAAUCCAGCCAGCCAAAUUCCAGAGAAUGUUCAAGGGCCUGAAAAACUGACUACUGAACUUGAAGAAGAUCCCAAUAAGUCUCGUGGAUCAGCUAGUGAGAUGCUAGAGCCCCUCCAACCUUCUGAUCUCUGGAACUGUCCGGAUGGGAGCUUUGUCAAGAAGAUCAUAAUCCGUGGCCAUGGCUUGGACAAACCCAAGCUGGGCUCCCGCUGCAGGGUACUGGCUUUUGGGUUUCCUUUGGGGUCAGGGCUACCAGAGGGACGGACAGAGCUAACUAUGGGGUUAGGUCCAUGGAGGGAAGGAACCUGGGGCGAGCUCAUAGAGAAAUGCUUGGAGUCCAUGUGUCAAGGUGAGGAGGCAGAACUUCAGCUCCCUGGGUACUCGGGACCUCCCGUCAGGCUCACACUGGCUUCCUUCACUCAGGGCCAGGACUCCUGGGAGCUGGAGGCCAGCGAGAAGGAGGCCUUGGCCAGGCAAGAACGUGCGAGGGGCACAGAAUUAUUUCGAGCUGGGAACCCAGAAGGGGCUGCCCGAUGCUAUGGACGGGCUCUUCGGCUGCUGCUGACUUUACCCCCACCUGGCUCUCCAGAACGAACUGUCCUUCAUGCCAACCUGGCUGCCUGUCAGUUGCUGCUAGGGCAGCCCCAUUUGGCAGCCCAGAGCUGUGACCGGGUGCUGGAGCGGGAGCCUGGGCACUUAAAGGCCUUGUACCGAAGGGGAGUUGCCCAGGCAGCCCUUGGGAAGCUGGAAGAAGCAACUGCUGACCUCAAGAAGGUGCUGGCGGUAGACCCAAAAAACCGGGCAGCCCAGGAGGAGCUGGGAAAGGUGAUCUUUCAGGGGAAGAAACAGGAUGCAGGGCUGGCUCUGGGUCUCCGCAAGAUGUUUGGCUGAUUAAAAGUUAAACCUUAAAAGAGA